GCGCCUCACAAACUGAGCCACAAACUUACUUCUACGGCUUACUCCUAUCAAGAUACACUGAAGGAUUUAAAAAAUGGUUAGCUGGAAAGACUCCAAUGCAGACGAAAGGGUAUUCGUUAACCGGUCCCUCCGGUUGGAGAAAAUCACCCACUUUGGAUUCGACAUGGAUUAUACCCUUGUUCAGUACAAAGCUCCUGAUAUGGAAUAUCUGGCAUUCAAUAUGGCUGUCCAACGUCUUGUAGACACUGGUUAUCCUGAAGAAAUCAAAAGUUUCAAAUAUGAUCCAAUUUUCCCAGUUCGUGGUCUGUGGUUCGAGUUUCAAUUCGGAAAUUUGCUCAAAGUUGAUGGAUUUGGAAACAUUCUCGGAGGAAUUCACGGUCUCCGUUUCUUGAAAAACCAUGAAAUCGAGGAGAUGUACCCGAACAAGUACCUACCAUUGUCCGACUCGCGGGUUUAUGUAUUGAACACGCUGUUCAACAUGCCCGAGACUCAUCUUAUCUGUCAACUUAUCGACUUCUUUGACAAGCAUCCACAUUAUUCGAUGCUCACUGAUAAGACGGGAGUGAAAGGUGGCGAGGUGAUGAUGUCAUACAAAUCAAUUUUCCAAGAUUUGAGACGAGUUAUUGACUGGGUUCAUGUGGAGAGCACGAUGAAAAAGCAAGUAAUGGAAAAUCCGGAGAAGUAUGUCAUUCGUGAUGAGCGUGCACCACGUUUCUUGAGCCAGCUCAGAGAGCACGGCAAGAAAACAUUCCUCCUCACCAACAGCGACUGGACGUACACUAAUGUGAUGAUGAAGUUUAUUUUGGGAGAUGACUGGAAGACCUACUUCAACAUCAUAGUUGUAGAUUCGUGCAAGCCGAGAUGGUUUGCAGAGGGAACAGUUUUUAGAGAAGUCAACACUGACACCGGAUCCUACAAACUCGGAAUUCAUACUGGACCGCUCAGAGAAGGAGUCGUCUAUUCUGGAGGAUCCUGUGACGCUUUCCAAAAAAUGAUGAAAUGCCGUGGAAAGGAGGUCCUUUACGUCGGAGAUCACAUUUUCGGAGAUGUACUUCGCUCGAAGAAAUCCCGCGGAUGGAGGACCUUCCUAGUUGUUCCGGAGCUUGUUAACGAGCUGACUGUGUGGACUGAUAGCAAGCCAUUGUUCGAUGAGAUGGGACAUAUGGAGAGCACGUUGGCUGACAUCUAUAAGAAUUUGGAUGGAGCUUCUCGUCAUAAGCCUGUCGUCAAGGACAUCGUUGAUAAGAUUAGAAAACUUACCAAUCAAAUGGACGAGGAGUAUGGAUGUUUGGGAAGUCUUUUUAGAACCGGAGGCCGAACUACCUUCUUUGCCUCUCAAGUCGAAAGAUAUGCUGACGUCUACGCUUCUUCUUGCUACAACCUUGUACACUAUCCAUCAUUCUACUAUUUCCGUGCACCAAUGAAAUGCAUGCCACAUGAGCUUACAGUCGACCACGCACACACUUUGAGAUCUCGAUCAAACACUCUGGAACGCCAACAAAGUGUCGGACAGCAAGUUCGUGGAUGGAACAAGAAAACGUUGAACGAUCAGGAAACGUUCUGCCACGAGGAGGAAGAGGACGAAGAUCAAACUAACAGCAGCAGCAGCGAUGGAGAGGCAACGAAGCGUGAACGUACCAAGUCAGGUAGCGACGCUUCUUCGAACGCUGGAGACAUUUCAACCGAGCCACCACACCAGGAUGUUGUCACUCCUGCACCGGCAUUUGUCGAACACACUGCUUAAAUUUUUUGAACUAGGCGCAUUUUUCCAUAGCUUAAACAACUUGGUUUUUGACUCGUUUUUAUUCAAAUCGGCCUGCUUUAACUCACAUAAUUUACCCUUCUUCUUCUUCCCUCAUGAAUUCUAUUCAAUUCGUUGUUCACCCCCCGACCCUAUUAUUUUUUCCAACCACUUCAUUCACGAGCCUUAUUUUUGAACUUGUUCUCUUUUGAAGACCGACUCCACCGAACGUGUGUAACAUCAUUAUUCUUCAUUCACUGAAUUUUUUCAAUUCAUUCCGGAUUUUUUCUUGAUAUUCUAUGCUUACUGCAUUUUGUUUCUAGAUUAUGCAAUGCUUUGUCUUCCUAAUUUUAAACAGUUUUUGUUUCUAAAGUAAUAAAAUGAAAGGUGAUU